AUGUCUAUCCCUACCAAAGGAGAUCAACUCUCUGUGCCCGCCUACACUGCGGAGGCCGAGCAGAACGCAGUUGAGAUCUCAUGGUCUCAGAUGUUCCGCACCCGUAGCGCUCGUUACUACGUCGUCAACGCCCAGAACCAAUCCAAGGGCAAUGCCAAUGUGUUGUUGUACAUCCAAGACCGCUUCUACAAGGACUCCAACAGCAACGAGUACAUUGGAAAGCUUCCUGGUGCUCGACAGGAGGGUAACAACUGGAUUGUGAGCAUCAGUGAUCAUUUCCAGUAUGGUCAGAAGAACAAGAAUGGCGAUGGCCGCUGGGUUGCUCUUCAUGACAAGGACAACAAGCCUUACCAGCACCGGUUUAUGAUUGUCACUAUUCAGGGCAAGCUUUCAGAGGCUGCCAAGAACUUGGCCAAGUCUUUUGGUGCUGGAGAGAUUGCUGAGCAGGUCUCGAAGAUCGGUGGUGGCUACAUCGGUGACUACCUUCACACCUUCUAA